AAAUAUCUUAUAUACAUAAAAAUCAAUUGAGAUAUUUUUCUAUAAACAGCUUAUAUAGGUUGUGUGCAAAUUUGAACAUAUAGCCAAAAGCUUAUAGCCUGAACCUUGAAGAAGAUGUCAACAAUGUCUAACCCAACAAGGAGGCUGCAUGGGAAGGUGAGUCUCAUAACCGGAGCUGCCAGAGGCAUCGGUGAGGAGACGGCGAGGCUAUUUGCUGCCAAUGGUGCUUUUGUUGUUGUAGCCGACAUCGACGACGAACUAGGGCAGAAAGUGGUUGCGUCCAUCGGUGCUGAACAGGCCAGCUUUCAUCAUUGUGAUGUGAGAGACGAGAAGCAAGUUGAAGAAACGGUGAGCUAUACCGUUGGAAAAUACGGCCGCCUCGACAUUCUUGUCAGCAAUGCUGGCAUUGUGGGCACUCCUUCUUCAAUUCUAGAGCUCAACAUGUCCAACUUCGACAACGUAAUUUCGACUAAUGUUCGGGGAGUGGUUGCGACCAUCAAACAUGCUGGACAAGUCAUGGUUAAGCAAAAGAUACGAGGAUCGAUCAUUUGCAUGGCGAGCACGGGAGCAUUAAUUUCCGUGAAUACAUCAUUAUUGCCAUACAUAAGCUCAAAGCAUGCGGUGUUGGGGGUUGUGAGGUCGAGCUGUGGGGAGCUUGGGGAGUAUGGGAUUAGGGUGAACUGCGUGUCGCCACAUGGGGUGGCGACGCGGCUGGCUUGUCAGGGUUUGAAUUUGGAAGAGAGUGAGGUUGAAGAGAUUUCUUCUUCAUCGGUAAGCUUGAAGGGUGUGGUAUUGAAGACUAAACAUAUAGCUGAGGCUGUUUUGUUUCUUGCAUCUGAUGAAUCAGUUUAUAUAAGUGGACAAAACUUGGUCGUUGAUGGAGGUUUCACGGCGGUCAAACCAUUAAUGUGAUGAUGUCUCUCUUUUAUUGUAUAAUUUGAAUUGCUAAUGUAUUUUGAAAACAUUUCAAAGUUUGGAAUAACUCUAAGAUUAGCAUGCUUAAAUUGAAAAUAAUUAAAACUUAA